AGUCACAAGGAUGUUGAAGGGUCCCUGUUCGUUGUGAAGAGGCGAAAAUGUACAGCUGCGGUUUCAGCUUACUAUGAUGAAUCGGCGGAAUACAGUGCAGAUAACUUGGCGGAGAAUCUCUUGGGGGAUUUUGAGUUUGAGAUUCAGGUUCCAGAUCUCUUGUAUCGAAAUGAUUCCCAAGAAGUUUAUGGAAUUUGGUUCUACAAUUUUGCAUCUCUUUAG